AUGGACUUGGGAAGAGAAAGGAUUGAGGUUGUCACUAGUGAUCAACAAGCUCUCAUGGCCAAUUUGAUGGUUCAACCAACUUUGCUAGAUAGAAUUAAAGCUGCCCAGAAAGACGAUAUGGGGUUAGUGAGACUUGAAGGAGAAGUAGAAAAAGGAGAUAAACCUAAGUUCAAUGUUUCUAAGGAUGGAGUAUUGAGGUUUAGAGGAUUUCAGAGUCUUUCCAAAUUUGUAGAACAGUGUCUAACUUGUCAACAAGUGAAGGCAGAACAUCAGAGACCUACCACAAUGGAUGUGGGAGCAUAUCUCUAUGGCUUUUGUGACAAGCCUACCGCAGACACUGAGUGGGCUGAAUGCAAGGAUGACAGUGACCACUUGACAAAGACUGCUCGCUUUGUGCUCAUUAAAGUUUCCUACAAAAUGGAAAAACUAGUUGAGUUGUAUGUGCAGGAGAUAAUGAGAUUGCGGUAUCCAUCAUAUCAGAUAGAGAUCCUCAUUUAA